CACCACCACCACCACCACCACCACCACCUCCACCACCACCAGCACCAUCACCACCACCACCACCACCACUACCACUAGUACUACUACUACUACUACUAAUACUAUUGUCACUACCAUCUACAUCAAAGACCACUAAUACCAGUGUCAUUACUACUACUCUACUACUCCUAUUACUACUGCUGCUACUACUACACAACAUUAGUACUACUGCUACUACUACUCCAACAAUUACUACUACGACUACUACAAAAAUUAUUACUGUUACUAAUAUUACCAUCAACACUACUAUUAUUGUACUACCUCUACCACUACUAUUAUUAUUACUGCUACUAUCGUCACCACAACACGGCCACUACGUAAUACUACUAUUACAAAUACUACUACUACUACUACUACCACCAUCACAGUUACUACCAUAUUACUAUUGCUUCUGCUGCCGACACUACGUCCAUGAGAAAAGAAAUAAUACUAUAAAAACGACGCGAGUCUUAUUACCGCCAGUUUCUCGUCGUCGCCGUCAUCGUCGUAAUUGCUAUUGCCGUCAUUGUCGUUGUUGCCGGCAAGCAAUAAGUCACUCUAUAUUUCGUAUGUUUAUAACCUACUGCUAGUAGGAAAAUUUAAAAAACGUAGAGUAAUCCUGUGGCAUCAGCCUAUAUGACACAAUGUCAGGGUCUCAACGCAUGCGAAAGUCUUCGCCAUGCUCUACGUCAAAGCAAGGACCAAUGCGAGCUACCCUGCCUGUAAGCUCACUGCUACGGCAGGGUCGACAAGGCAGCAGUCUAAGAAAAAGUAACAGCAACAGUCCUACUGUGUCUCCGCCAAAUGCUAGUACAUGGCGAACACGUAUUUCACCAGAGACUUCAGCUUCCUCAGGACAACGGAGCCCUGGUUCACUUUCCUACAAAGCCAAAUCGAAAACAUUAAGUGGUCGCUGUAGUGAAAGUCUAAGUGGUAACCAAAAUAUCCGUAGAACUGCAUCUUUGGAUACAAUAUACUUAAAAGGCCAAUGGCCUCGCGACACAUACUAUAUGCAUUCCAGCCUUCUGGUAGUUGAUAAAUCUACACAGACUGACGAAUGGUCUAUUGAACCAAGGAAGAUGCAUACCCGUCAUUCUACAGAACAAACUACCACAGACGAAAAGCUAGAAAAGUACUUCAGACAUAGAUUACAGCGUACAAAUAAAGAGAGUACUAGUAGUAGGGAAAGAACAGCAGCUUUUGGCCUUAUAAUGCCUGGUGGUCCACCACCUGCUCUUCCUGGUGAUCAUACUGUGCUUUUGCCCAGCAUUGCAUCACAGACAUCUAUAUACAAUCAAUUUUCUUUGAAUACAAAAGCAAGUCCUAUGAGCAUACCCGUAAAACCAAUGAGGCCUCCAAUGCGUUCUUCCAUUGAAGGACUGAAUCAAGAAAUAGAAGGAUUAGUACUCAAAUCUACAACAAACACUAACGAUCCAGAUCACCCAAUAGAAGAUAAGUAUGCGCGAUAUCGUGAGCAAAUAACACCUGAAGGACAUCGUGCACCUUUGGCAGAUUUGUUAAGGGCGACUCGUAGUGUCAACACACAAACACCAGCUACUGAUCUUCCUUCCAGUUCUUACUCUUCAGGCCCUCCAUCUAGGAAUUCUGAGUCUCCGCUGAUACCUGGUCUUAUGGAUGCUUCCCGUUCACCUAGUGAUCUCUUCCAAGGUGGAAGCCGCGGAUCAACACCUGAACAGGAUAGAGAAGGUCGUCUUGGAACGUCUCCUCAUAUUAACAGGUUCCUUGCAAGAGAACCUCCUGAUGGCUGUGAGAAGGUCAACCUCAAAUUUGUAGAAGAUACGAGGCGACCUAUGAUUGACUUGAGCAAACUAGAGUAUUGUUCGAAGCCAUGUGUAUCAUUCCAAUUGAAACCAAGUUUGGGCUCAGCGUUCCUGCCAUUGCAACAGCCGGCCAGUCCGACAGUGGUUGCUAGUGCAUCAGCCUCUUCUCAUACAGCAUCAACUACACCUCCCCCGAAUCCAUAGUCCUACUUUUUGCCUUAUGGAGUAGCAUUCAUAAUACCAUUUGAUAUAUAUUUUUUUUAAAGACUUCAUGGGUAGAAAGUGGACUUACUUCAGGUAAAGACAUAUGUACCGACAAAGAAAAGUUACCAAAAAUGCAGCCUGUCCCUAGUGUGAGCUAAUGUUUGGACAAAGUGAUUAUGUAAUUAGAAUUAUAAUUGCAUUGAUAUAAAAUAUGGGGAAGGCUUCUAAGCUCUGCUAAUAUUUGAAACAAUAAUAAAUACGAGGAACAAUAAUUUGUGAUAACUAAAAGAUGACGAAUGAACGUUUGGAAACGAACAUUGUGUUCUACAGGGAAAAAGACUAAUGGAAAUUGUGUAUUCUAAAUUUAGUGCAAAAAUGUGCUAAACAAGUUUAGUUUUGUAUACAGGAAAUAAUAUUCAACAUGUCGGAAGGUAUUAAAUUUAAUUGCUGGAGAAAGCAAAAUUAUACAGAUACAGAGAAAGGGGUAUGUAUGCAUACAUAUGUACAUUCACACCCACCUACAAUGAUUUAUCUCAUUUAUACAUGUAUCAUUUUAAACGAUCCAAGAUAAUUCAGUGUCAUAUAUUAGAAUUUUGUAUGGUUUUGUAUUAUUAAUUGUAUACUGAAGAUAUUCAAAUUAUCAUUAUUAUUAACAUCAUUAUUAUUAAUUUUAUUCAUUAUUAUUAAUUAUUAUGAUUAAUAAUAUCAUAUGGAGAGCUUGAAAAUCAAGUACUGUUAAACUCCUUUUGUUUCUUUUUAAGUAUUAGUAGAGUUCAAUAUCAUCUUAAGACAAAGUAUAUAGUUUUGUUACUAUCAAAAUUUAUGCUAUAUUAUAUAUAAAAGUUUGUACUUUUUUAAUUUCUUUUUUUUUUCUUUUUUAUUUCUGAUAAAUAUUUUACGAAGUAAGAAUAGUGCUAUUGCAAAUUGCGUUUGUAAUUAAAAAUUACCAGUAUCUAAAAAUUUUAUUUGCACUAGAAAAAGUUUUAUACGUGUCUAUGUCUUUUGGUAAUGUAUUACCAUUGGGCUAUGCAAUUUUUUUUAUUUAAAUUGUAUUAUGUUAGAUUAUAAUCAGUAUAUGUACUAUCAAUAAAACAUGUAUUGAGAAAUCGAUGCAUGUAUGAUAAAACAAACCCAACGAUAUAGGGUGGGUGUAAUAAAGAAGAAAAAUGAGAAAGUGAUAACGUUGCAGACUGAUUAAAGUAAAAGGAAAAAAUACUUUAAUCGGUAUUGUAUCAGAUGUGCAUACAAAAUGACUCCUUUUCAUGACACUGGUGUGCGUGCGUGUGUGUGCGCGCGCGUGUGUGUGUAUAGGGGGUGAAUGAGUAUGUACUAGUGUAGCGCGUGGAUAAGU